UAACUUUGACCAGGGAAUGCUACUGGUUGUCCCUGAUUAGAAGCCACAUUGGCUUUUGUUUGUUUUUCUCCUGGUGGGUGGAAAGCUGCUCUUUCUCCUGCGAUACUUACCAUGAGCUUGCUGGCCAGCCUAGGCCCAUUCACUCUCAGAACCUCCCAGAGUCCCCAGGAUGGACCGAAUGGACUCUCCUAGCAGGACUCCGCAGAGAGACAACUGCCACUUUGAGUGUUGAGCUUUGCAUGCCAGGCUGGAUUUCUCAAAGUUCCAUAUUUUCUCCCUCCUUCCACUCUCUUCCCACCCAUUGAGAAGGCAGAAGACUGAGCCUUGAAACUAUGUAUUUGAGAGACUGUCACGACAUCUCGAAUACCUUGUGCUGGUGCUGUCACCGAAAAGUGUGGCUACGUUCUGAGGAGAACUGUGUCCAUGACAGGAAGGAGCAGUCUCAGGACUGAGAUGAAUAUAAAGCCAGAAGGGACACACCAUGCAUAGAUACACGACAAUCAAGCAGCUUGGUGAUGGAACCUAUGGCUCUGUCCUCCUAGGAAGAAGUAUUGAGUCUGGAGAGCUGAUUGCCAUAAAAAAGAUGAAAAGAAAGUUUUAUUCCUGGGAGGAAUGCAUGAAUCUUCGGGAGGUUAAGUCUUUAAAGAAGCUCAACCACGCAAAUGUAGUGAAAUUGAAAGAAGUCAUCAGGGAAAAUGAUAACCUUUAUUUUAUCUUUGAAUACAUGAAGGAAAACCUUUAUCAGCUAAUGAAAGAAAGAAACAAGUUGUUUCCUGAGUCUGCUAUUAGGAAUAUUAUGUACCAGAUACUACAGGGACUUGCAUUCAUCCACAAACAUGGUUUCUUCCAUAGAGACUUAAAACCUGAAAACCUCCUUUGCAUGGGACCAGACCUUGUGAAAAUAGCUGACUUUGGAUUAGCCAGAGAAAUCCGGUCAAGACCUCCUUAUACGGACUACGUGUCUACAAGAUGGUAUCGGGCUCCAGAAGUUCUCCUGAGGUCUACCAACUACAGUUCUCCUAUUGACGUCUGGGCAGUGGGAUGCAUCAUGGCAGAAGUUUACACACUGCGGCCACUCUUCCCAGGCGCCAGUGAAAUUGAUACAAUAUUCAAAAUUUGCCAAGUGCUGGGAACACCAAAAAAGAAUGACUGGCCUGAAGGAUACCAACUUUCUACUUCCAUGAACUUCCGAUGGCCUCAGUGCAUCCCUAACAAUUUGAAGACCCUGAUUCCAAAUGCCAGCAGUGAGGCAAUUCAGCUCAUGAGAGACUUGUUGCAAUGGGAUCCCAAAAAGCGACCAACAGCUAGUCAGGCACUUCGAUAUCCCUACUUUCAAGUUGGACAUCCCCUAGGCAGCACUCCCCAUAGCCUUCAGGAAAUGGGGAAACCACAGAAAGAAUUCCUGGAGAAGAUGGGACCACCACCUCAUAUGAAACCCGUCCCUCCUGCAAACCCCCCUGCCAAACCACAUCCCCGGAUUUCUUCUCGACCACAUCAGCCCAGCCAGCCCCCCCAGCAUCUCAUAUACCCAUACAAAACAGAGGCUUCAGCAGCAGAUCCUGAGAGCCAGCAUCAAGAGGACCAGCCUACUCCAGUGCUUUUCCCAGCCCUCCACAACAAGAUCCCUCAGAAUAAAAUUUUGGCAGGCUUGGAGCACCCAAAUGGUGAAAUUAAACCAAAGAGUAGGAGGUGGGGCCAUGUUUCCAGGUCAACAAAGGAUUCUGAUGAUUGGGAUGAUUUGAAUGACCUGGAUUUCAGCCCUUCCCUCAUCAGGACUGAUCUAAAAAACAAGAAAAGACAGAGUGAUGAAACUCUCUGUAGAUUUGAGAGUGUUUUGGACCUGAAGCCUUCAGAACCCAUAGGUACCGGUAACAGUGCACCCACCCAUACUUCCUAUCAGCGACAAGACACUCCAACAUUGCGAUCUGUAGCCAAGCAGCAUUACUUGAAGCACUCUAGAUACUUGCCUGGGAUAACUAUUAGAAAUGGCAUACUUCCAAAUCCAGGCAAGGAUUUUCUCCCACCUAAUUCAUGGUCUGGUUCUAGUCUCUCUGGAAAAUCUUCUGGUUCAGUAUCAGGAAUCAGCAGAAUGAAUUCAGUUGUUUCUGGCUAUUCAGGAUCUGGCAGACUGACUGGUAGCUAUCUCCCUUCAUUUCUGAAAAAAGAAGUGGGUUCUGCGGGACAGAGGGUGCACCUAGCCCCUAUUUCAGAUCCUUCUCCUGGUUAUGCUUCACUGAAGUCUGUGAGACCUCAUCACAAUCGACCCCUUUUCCAUACUCAGCCCAGAAGUACCCCAGGAUUACUGCCUCGGCCACCUGCAGUCCAGCCGGUCCAUGGACGUACUGACUGGGUUUCUAAAUAUGCAUCCCGACGAUGACAGACGUGAAGCACUUUGCACUGAAAAGCAGGAAUCUUUUCAUCAAAUAAUUAUGGUGAAGGAAACUGUCUUACCUGCAAUAAACAUGAGAAAAGAUAAGCAAAGGCCUCUCCCCAACAUAUUAUAGUUAUUUUCUGCAAUCAAGAUAUUUCAAUAUUCCUUUUUUUUUUAGUUUUUUAAAAAUAUUAAUUUGAAUCCAACGUUGUACCUUUUUCGUACAAAAUUAUUUUGUUCUAUAAUUGGGUCCUAUUAUUUUCUUAAACAGCAGCAUUUUGUAUAUAGGAGAUUACGUUUUGGCAUUUUAUACAGGAACCUUUAUAAUGAACUUAGAAAAAAAAAGACUUUUAUUUGGGGGGUGUCCAGGUAAUAUUUUAUACAAAUAAAGAAAUGCAGUGAAACUAAUGCAGUAUUGCAACAUAGGUGCAAUUUAGGGCUCUAUGAUACAGGGGCAUUCACCUCCGCCUUGUGGCUCUUUGUGACGUGGUUAAGUUGCAAAUAUGGUACAUUAGGCACAUCUAGCCUUCUCUGACAAACUGGCUUGGUUUCAGUACUGUAAAAGUGAUUCCCAGCUUUUCAGAUCCCCUAUUUUUCUUGGUGUGAAUUUGUAGAACUAUGAUUCUCCACUCCUAAAAGAAUUAUAGCAUUUCUUGAAUUUCACUUUGAGAGUUUUCUAGCAUCUUUUGAAAUUAUUGGAGACAUCCUAAGGUAUUGCAAAGUGAGGUUUGGGGAUCACUAUAAGAGACCUUCAUAUUUCCCUUUCUAUCCAUUUUGAAAACAGAUUAACCUGUGGGGAGAGGUACUCCUAUAAGUAAUUGUGUGCACACACAAAAUUGGGUUUUUGAUAAGCAAAAGCCUGUGUAAUCUAAAGGCUAACACAGACAGUUUGAGUUUGUGUUCCUGCCUCACAAUGAGUGCUAGCAGACAUAGACAGUGGUGUUUCACCUUGGCAGGGGAGUUUCUCUCUCCCACCCUCACCCCCAUCAUUCCAAGUAGAAUUUUACAUACAUUGCACAUCUCUAGGUCUGGUUAGGACUAGACACUAUAUAAUUCCACUGUCCCUGCCAGAUACUUCAUGGCAGUCUAAUGAGCAGCAAGGACUUGGGCUCUCUCUGGUUUGCUGGGAAACCAAGUUAACAGUAAUGCUAGUGUCAACAAUGUGUCGCAUUUGAACUUAAUCAUUAAUUUCUCUCAAGCAAAGGGAAGAUAAACUGUAUUUAUCUGGCAGAGGCUGCUCCUGGGAGAGGAAUGUUUACAGCAACAUUAAAAAUGACAAAGCUGGUUUGUAGGCAGAAAACAUAAAAGGUUAAGACCUAUUCUUGACCUCUCUGUAGGCCUCUUCUGCUUCCUUAAUGGGUUCCCUAAGGGUAAAAGGGAAAGUGUUUUCCAGUGAAAACAAAAGUAUUUGUGGUUAUUUGGGUCCAUACCUGUGAUUUCAUCCUUAUAUGGAAUUCCCAGUGUAGAAACUCCCAUCACAGAUACAGACUAACAACUUAUCUGUAACUGAUAGCCUUAGAACUGACUGAGGCUCCUGGAGUUAGCUGCCCGUAGCCAUGCAGGUAGUGGGGCAGGAUCUUCCCAGUUCUAAGGCCAGCCUCAUGCUGCCUCUAGCAGAGCAUAGUGAUUUCAAAUUUUUUGAAGCAUUUGAACGUGAUUAACAUUUUAAUAGUGAGUGAACUCAAAUUCAAUAUCUAACCUAUUCCUUUUCAGAUCUCCCAAGUUCAAGAGUCCCAUGUUAUAAAUUGUUGCUUCAUUGCAUCAAGUUAUGGCAUGAAAGAAUGACUAAUGGCUUUUCAAAGGUGUCUUAUUUGAAAUUGGGAGUAUCUUAUGCACUGAGAGUUAUCUGGCUCAAAAAUUUGCAGUCUUCUAUCAACCAGCCUUAUAUCCUUUGCUGAACCUAAGGGAGCAAAAAAAAAAAAUGUUUUUUUAAAGCACACAGUGGAUAUGGGUUUGGUCUUUGGACUAUUAUGUUUUAUUGCUGGCAAACUAGCAGCAAAAUUUAAAAAAGGAAAUGAUAUCUUUAUAUAUGCAAGCCCACUUUGCAGGUGCAUUCAUUCAUUUUAUUGUAUGGUAUAACCAGUUGAUUUCUUAAAGCAACAUGAAAUGUCUUUUCAACGAUGGCUUUUUUAGUAUGCUAGCUAGUAAAUAUUUAUUUUCUAUCCUGCGUCAUUACAAAAAUUCAGUUUAUGUGAAGAUGAGCAUAUACUGCUUUGGUGGGGAAAGCUGUUUUCACAUUGCAAACAGAGCCCUUGAGAGACCAUAAGUGAGACACAUACCUUAUUUCUAUCAGGCUCUAAUUUAUGUUGAAUGCAUUGAAUAUUAUAAAUUCCUAACACUGGAUUUGCACGUUUCCCAAAAGCCCAGUUCUUUUUACAGAAGUAUAAAGAUGUUUGUACGAUGUUCUGUUAAGACUGACCUAUAAGAAAUAUUUUUUCCUAUUUUUUUCUCUGCCUUCAGAAGUCUCAACAGCUUUCCUUGGCAAGGCCCAAUGAAGUUACCUGUAUGUAAAGGAUAGAACUGUUUCAUAAAAGGGAAAACAAUGGUUAUUAACAUUUAGAGUGAUUCUGUCAUCUAACUGCAGACUUAAAAGUGCUCUUUGAUUUGCCAAAUGGGUAAAGGACAAACUGCAUAUUCCAAAUCCGUUUAGCAGAGACAAAUGAUGACUGUUUCUCUUAAGUAGAAAUGAAUAACUGCCACAUUGUUAGCUUUUGUUUUAACAAUAUUUAUUUAUUAUGCAAGACACUUAAAAAAAAGCAUGAUGAACUUAAUGGUAUUGAUGUGGGACUAUACCUCAGCUAAUCACUUUGAAGGAAAAAGCACAGCAUGCUAUCAGUAAUGGCUACAGAUGCAACUCUUGUGCUGUGUUCAAAUAUGUCCAGAAACAAUAAUCAGAGUUUUAAAUGCAAAUGUAGGCAUAGCUCUGCUUUAAGAAAAUCCAAUAUUUGGAAAAACUGUAUUUACAGGGAAGAUGAAUUAGUCGUGGUGGUGGUGGUGGUGGUGGUGGUAGGGUGUGUGUGUGUGUGUGUGUGUGUGUGUGUGUGUGUGUGUGUGUGUGCGCGUGGAGGGGGGUGGUGGAUGGGGAGGAGAUUGGGAAAGAUUUGUUUUGCCAUAGCCUACCACUCUUAUAUAUAGGGGUUAUUUGGGGAAAUUGUGUAGGCAACUUUUAUGCAUAUUGCUGAUUCAAUCCCUCCCCUCUCCCAUGGUUGACAAAAUCAGAACUUGACCCUUGAUCAAUAUUUACAUGCAAUUCUUGCUUUGUGUGAUUGAAUCGUUCUCAUGUUGUCUGAAAGUUCAAAUAUAGGUCAUGUCAGGAGAGUGUCCCCACUGCGCAUCCUUUCUAGACAAACCAUUUCCCUCAUAGAAAUUAUACCAGUCAGUCAUUGCUUCGUGCCAUUUCCAAGAAAGAAUGCAGGCUGACAGCUCACUAUGUGAACAAAAGCAAUAUGUUCAUGAGAAAACAUUUUCACAUGCAAACCUUUUACAUAUUUGAUGCUAACUGUAGCAACUCGGAUGUCCAAUAGAUGUUCUUGACUUUUUAAGGAUGAUUUUAAAAUGUUCAAUUCAAUGUACUGUACUUUUGUAUAAGUUUAUGUGAAGACCUUCUUUUAGAUAAUGUUACAGAAGCUGAGUCAAGGGUGAGCAACACAUUAAUCCAGAAAAUCAUUUUUCCCUGUAUGCCUUGUGCUAAUCAUUUUGAGCUAAAAAACUGAUAGGAUGGCUGAGUCCAAGACUCACCUCAGUUACCCAGUUGGUAAGGCCAUUUAAUUAACUGAUGAUUUCCAAAUAUUUGAGUGAGUUUAUAUUUUUAAUGCAAAUAAAGAAACAAAUAAAAGAAAGAAGAAGGAGGAAAAUGUCAUUUUCGGGGAAAGCCCACAAUAUCCAAUACCCCUCUUGAAAUACUGUGUUGUAUGGCUUUUUAAAAAUACCAAUUAGCUUUGGCCCAAAUAAAGGUACUUUUAAGAAGU